UUGUUGACAGUAUUAGAAGCACACAGCCUGGCAGCUGGGCCACUAUGAUGGAGGCCAGCUGGCUCUUCCUCCUUGAUGUCUGUUGAAGCUGGAGUGGCCCUAUGAAUAGCCAGGCUGUUGCCAUUUAUAACUGCUAUUCAGGCAUGGAAGAGUAUGUACGGCUUAUUAAAAAGAACAGUGAAGGCCUCCAUGAUUUUUCCCUUGGCCUCUUGCCCAGUACCACCUCUCCCCCAGCCCAUAUUAGGCUAUGACAGAAAAGGAGGCCAUCUCCUCCAGGAUGGCCAGAGAAGCUGCCCUGUUUUCUGUGACUGGACUGUUUAUCCCUCAACUCAAUGUCUUUCCAACAAACCCUCUGGAAUAAGCAUAUUUAUUUGUGUUACUGUCCAAAUUUGUCUAUAAAUGAAACUGGGGUUCCUAGCUUUGCAGAACAUAUUAAGGCAGGACAAGUUGAUGUGAAGGUGUCAACUUCUAGCUCAGCCUGGGUUGGUAUGGUUUGAUAGUCCAGCUAUAAAGUAUGUUGAUGAAGAAAAUAAAGGCAGUUCCCUUCAAUCAUACCAGAUGUCAGACAGGCAGGAAGCAGCAUUGGGACACAAGCUUGGGGCUAGUCUCCACCACUUUCCUCUAAUGGGCCAUUACAGCUUAAAAAAUCUCUACAGGUGAUGCAGUGGUGACUGAUAGGUCAUUGUUCAUACCUUGCUAGGAUUUUUUUCUGAGACAAUCCUGCUAUGUAUCCCCGGAUGGUUUUGAACUUGUGAUCCUGCCUGAGCCUCUCCAGCAUUGGAAUUGUAGGCAUGCAGUACAGUACCCAGCUCAUAAUACUAUUUUAGCCAUGGUUCUAAGAAUAGAGUCUUGGGAAUAUUUGUAUAAAAUGUACAAGUCCUGUCUUAGAACUAAAAGAGAAUAACCCAUGCAAUGAAGUGUUAGUUGUUUACAAACAUUUGAUUCAUACCACAAUAAGAUUUUUUUUCCUAUGUGAAGGAUGAGGUGAACUUCUUAUGACCCACACUGAGGAACCCAACCAUCCUUCCUACUAUGAAGGCAAGCUGACUUAUCUUACAAAGAGAAGAUACUCUCUGAGCAAAGCCCUGAGAUUUGGCCUUUAUGCCCAUUUUUAUAUUAGGCUCAUAUUUUAUUAAGACAAAAUAGAUUUUAUAUCAGUUCCUUUCUGUUGCUUUGAUAAAAUGCCCUGACAAAAACAGUUUAUGAGAAAAAGGGUUAUUUGGUUUACAGUUCAAAAGGGCACAGCCCAGCAUGGGAGGCAGGAAACAGAGGGGAUACAUUGUAUCCAUAGACAAGAAGCAGAGAGGGGAAAGAUAGGAAGUGGAACGAGCUUUGGAACCUCAAAGCCUGCCUACAGUGACAUACUUCCUCCAUCAAGUCUCCAUUAUCCUAAAGGUUCCAUAACGUUCCCAGAUAGAGCCAUGAGUUGAGGAACAAGUAUCCAAAUACAUGAGCCCAGGGGUAGGAUGGGAUGGUUCAUAUUCAAACUACAGCAGAUCUUAAGGAAGUAUCAUCUUGAACCAUCAUCACCUUGAACUUCAGCAUGCUCCAACACAUACCUACCCGCUGAAGAACAAUCACACCUGGUCCAGGGACUUAAGAGAUGAGGAAGAACCGCUACCAAGGAUUACAUCACACUGAACCCUGAGGCCUUUUCCCGGUCAGCCAGGACAGACAAAGUGGGGCAGUCAACGUCCAAACCCGAAAACCUAGCUAAGUCUGGGUUUUCGCCACAACCAAGAAGCCAACCAGUCACACAGACACACAAGCUUGCCUACAGCUCCUCAUUUCCCAACAGACUUACGGCAAGAGCGAACAAGGAAAGCACUGAGUGUUCCCAGUAUUCUUUCUAAAGGGAUGCCAUUGUGGAGCAUGUUUCAUCAGAUUAGCAUGGAGUAGACAAGCAAAGCACAUCGGUCUUGUCUCCUUCUUCCUCUUCUGUUCACUGGGAGAAAGCCUUUUCCAAAUGGAUUAUUAUAUCUCUGCUCAAAUUCAUGGGAGUACAAAACAGUUUAGCAGUUUGCUACACAGACAGAAAAGUCACAAGGUCCUCACUGAGAAAAAUAUAAGCUUAUAGAAAAUUUACAAGAACUGCAUGUGAUGCUGAAAUAGGACAGAAGACACCAGGGACUGCCACCAGGGGUCGGCACAGCCAAAGACUACAGCAAGCCCAGGGAAAAAUAGCCAUGAAUGAUAAUCUGCCAGCACAAACCAAGCCAUUUCGUUUUCUCAGAGGCUGGGAGCGCUGUUGGACCAGGAACCGUGUUGCCAAGCAUGGUGUUGGGCUUCAAGUACUAAUGAACAACGAUAUUAACUCAUCCGUGGAAAGCCUUAACUCAGCUUGCAACAUGCAGUCUGAUACUGAUACUGCGCCACUUCUUGAGGAUGGCCAGCAUGCCAGCGACCAGGGCGCGGCGGCAUCCAGCUCCCGGGGACAGCCACAGGCGUCCCCAAAGCAGAAAAUGCAACGCUCGCAGCCUGUGCACAUUCUCAGGCGCCUUCAGGAGGAAGACCAGCAGUUAAGAACUUCUUCUCUUCCGGCCAUCCCCAACCCGUUUCCGGAGCUCACUGGGGGGGCCCCUGGGAGCCCUCCUUCGGUUGCUCCCAGCUCCUUGCCUCCUCCUCCGAGCCAGCCUCCUGCCAAGCAUUUCCCUCCAGGCUUUCAGCUGGCGAAACUCACCCGUCCAGGUCUGUGGACAAAGACCACUGCGAGAUUUUCAAAGAGACAACCUAAGAACCAGUGUCCAACCGACACUGUGAAUCCAGUGUCACGGAUGCCCACUUCACAGAUGGAGAAGCUGAGGCUCAGAAAGGAUGUCAAAGUCUUUAGUGAAGAUGGGACGAGCAAAGUUGUGGAGAUUCUAACCGACAUGACAGCCAGGGACCUGUGCCAGCUGCUGGUUUACAAAAGUCACUGUGUGGAUGACAACAGCUGGACUCUGGUGGAGCAUCACCCACAACUGGGAUUAGAGAGGUGCCUGGAGGACCAUGAGAUUGUGGUCCAGGUGGAGAGCACCAUGCCAAGUGAGAGUAAAUUCUUAUUCAGAAAGAAUUAUGCAAAGUACGAGUUCUUUAAGAAUCCAGUGAACUUCUUCCCGGAUCAGAUGGUCAAUUGGUGCCAACAGUCCAAUGGUGGCCAGGCGCAGCUUCUGCAGAACUUUCUGAACUCCAGCAGCUGCCCUGAGAUCCAGGGGUUCUUGCAGGUGAAGGAGGUAGGACGUAAGUCUUGGAAGAAGCUGUAUGUGUGCCUGCGCAGAUCUGGCCUCUAUUACUCCACCAAGGGGACUUCAAAAGAACCCAGACACCUGCAGCUGCUGGCUGACCUGGAAGAAAGCAGCAUCUUCUACCUGAUUGCUGGAAAGAAGCAGUACAACGCACCUAAUGAACAUGGGAUGUGCAUCAAGCCAAACAAAGCAAAGACCGAGAUGAAGGAGCUUCGUCUGCUCUGUGCCGAAGAUGAGCAGAUCCGUACUUGCUGGAUGACAGCCUUCAGACUCCUCAAGUAUGGAAUGCUCCUGUACCAAAACUAUCGUAUCCCGCAGAGGAAGGGUUUGCCCCCUCCUUUCAACGCACCUAUGCGCAGUGUUUCUGAGAAUUCUCUUGUGGCCAUGGAUUUUUCUGGACAAAUCGGAAGAGUGAUCGAUAACCCGGCUGAAGCCCAGAGUGCUGCCCUGGAAGAGGGCCAUGCCUGGCGUAAGCGAAGCACACGGAUGAAUAUCCUAAGCAGCCAAAGCCCACUUCAUCCUUCAACCCUGAAUGCAGUGAUUCACAGGACUCAGCAUUGGUUCCAUGGACGUAUCUCCCGCGAGGAGUCUCACAGGAUCAUCAAGCAACAAGGUCUCGUGGACGGGCUGUUCCUCCUUCGUGACAGCCAGAGUAAUCCAAAGGCGUUCGUACUGACACUGUGCCAUCACCAGAAGAUUAAAAACUUCCAGAUCCUACCUUGCGAGGAUGAUGGGCAGACCUUCUUCACUCUGGAUGAUGGGAACACCAAGUUCUCCGAUCUGAUCCAGCUGGUCGACUUCUACCAGCUCAACAAAGGUGUUCUGCCCUGCAAGCUGAAGCACCACUGCAUCCGCGUGGCCUUAUGACCUCCUUGCCCACUCACAGAGGCUGGAGGCAGCAACACUGGAACGGAGAAGAGAGGUCUGCAUGAGGGUGAGAACACACACCUACUCCCACCCAAGGACUCAGAACAACAUGGCUUUUUGAUCGGUACCAACCGAUCUACAUCAAUUAGUUAUUGGACUUCACAAAGAUUUGCCGCUGCGGAUCAAGCAGGACCACCUCCCUCUGCGUCAGCCAUUUAAAAUUGAGGGAGGGAAGAGAUCCAGUGCAAGUGUGGGAAGAAACUGGAAUGACGAUUUUGAUUAGGCCACGUAGGGUGAAAACCGCAGAGAAAUGAUUGGAAAUGAACUCUUGCCCUGGAAUAACCUUGACAAUUCAAACCGCGAUGUUUACUUUUUGUAUUGAUCACUUUUUUGCACUCCUUCUUCGUUGUCAAUGUUGUACUCAGCCUAUGGUAGGAGAGGAUGUGGCUUUGCAACCCAGAUGAGACAAAGAAUUUUUGAAUUGGCAGGCUUCGGCCUACAAAUGGGUCCCCAAAGUUUUCUAGAUGGCAUCCUGCUCUCUGCAGGUUGCGACAGUGUGGAUUUGGCUCCUACAUUAUAGACACCCCAGUCCUUCCCAUUAUACUUGAAAAGCUUUUUUUUUUUUUUUUUUAAAUAAUAAUAAAAUAAAAGGUGUCAACUGCAGUUGACACCAAGCAUGUUUUGUGGACGCAGUCAAGCUGCCACAGUCUGGUCAUCGUUGUUGUUGUGCUGAUGUCUGGUCAUUUAUUAUUAGUGUGUCUCGUUCUCCACAGUGCCGGAGACCUCAUUACUUUGGAAAACUCACUGUUCCCCAGCACAGCACAGCUGCAUGACCUCAGCUUCAGACUGAUGUCAGCCAGCCUUCUUGGAACACAUUGGUAUUCAUUGUGGAUGCCACACAGUCCAUCUGGGGUGCCCUGUGCCUCCCAUUUUCACAGCCGCCCACUGUUGUAGAAUAAUCGCUGCCUUUACCCUCUGCAGUAGCCUCAGUCAUUUCAGUUCUCCCACAGGGGUGGGGUGGGGGUGGGGUUAAAAGAUCGAGAGAGAAAAAUGCCAACUUGUUGGCCUUGUGCUCUGUCACUCUGAGCAUCUAUGGUGAUAAAGAGAAGGAAACACUGCAGAGGCACAGGCAUAGGCUGGCUUUGAGUCUUCGCUUGAUGACCUCUGCACCCUACUGAAAACCCCCUAAGCCAGCAGGAGCAGGGUAUGCAGAGGCUCUGCCUCUGCUGGCUUAGGGUGAGAAGUACCUCACAGUGGAUGUGAACAUUGGACAGAUUUGAGGAGCAUGAUGUUUGCCUCCUCCUCCAAGAGAGCAGUCAGAAGGUGGCCGGAGUUAUCAUUGGGUCCCCUGAGCUCCAUGAAGGACCCUCUGUUGUCCCCUUGAUGAUUUAUCAGGCAUGAGAGUAGCAGACAGGAUUCCCCUGAGAAACACACAGACAACUGUGGUGAUCACAUUUCCCUUUCUUGACACCACACAGAAAGUCUGCUACACACCUGAGCUAGCCACUAGAUUGCCAGUCCCGACUCCUUGAAGUGCUCCCCAGGGAGCCACUUCCGAUUGCGCUGCGGUUGACGGCAUAGUGGAAGAUAGAUAUGACAGUGCUUUGUAAAGCAGGCCAGCGGCCGCUGGCCCACAGUAUAGAAACACUGUAGUUCACAGACCACGCAACCGUGUUUCCACGAGAUGUUAUUACAACAAAUGAAGAAUUUUUUUUCCUUUUUUUCAAUUUUAAUCUUUUUUGACUUUUUUUUUAGUUAACCAUUUUCUUAUGCAUAAGUGCUCAAUUGCAUUUCUCUUUCUUUCGAAGCUAGUUAAUCGUUCAGUUGACAAUGAGAGAAUUCUCAAGUUCAUACCUGGCAGCAGGCUCCCACUGAUCUUCCCCUUAAAGACAGAUAACAAACAUUUCAGUUUUACCAUACUCGUUUCUUUUCGCUGACUUAAGGUCAGAACUUUUACAACCAAACAACAAACAACCCUAGGGUUUCUUUUUCCAGUUUACACAGACCAGUCCCCACAGUACAUAAUCCUUUUCUCUUUUGCCUCUACAGUAGACAGCUAGGAUGUGUAUCUCAUAUUUAUAAGUAUGCAUUUUAUUUAAGAGGAAGUAUAGGCUUGACUCUGGUUCACCAUUUUGUACGUAGCUGGUUUGACGUAGUAUUUUGUACUUCCCUUGCCGAAGUGAAUUGUUGAAGGCUGCAACCCACCCACCUUGAGUGUAGCAGACUUCAGUGGCCCCGAGCUCGCCAGCCUUUGCACAGGCAGCUGGGAAUUCCACCUGAAACAGCUGGUCCCUAGGUUAGCGGGUUCCCAGCCCCCCUAAUCAGAGACUGAAGGACAAUUGACUUUUAUUUUUGUAUUUAAUUGACAUGAAUGUAAAGGGGACAGCUCAGGGUUGUUUUGGAGCCUGUUUGACUUUGUAAUCUCUGCCUGUGAUUUUCUUUUCUACAUGACAACUCCGUGUAACCACCUGGACUAAGUUGAGAAGGAAAAUGCCAAAUGCUUUGGGUUUUUAGUGUUUUAAUAGGUAGACUCUGUUAUAUUAUUAGGUGUUAAGAGUUUCUGAACGUGUUUUCUUUUUUCUUUUUUUGUUUGCUUAAACUUUGAAGAAAUAUGUGCCUCAGCUUAGAUGUUUUGUCUUCUCCUUUCUGCACUUAAAUACCUGACAGCCUGUCCGAUCGCUGUGCCUCCGAGGGCGCCUCUAGCUCAUCGUAGAUUUGUGAUGUCAUAGUGCAAACUGCAGUGACCGGAAAAAUUACCUGACAUGUAACCGUUUUCAGGGAAUGCAGAGGGUGUUAAUUAAUAGACAAAACCUUUAUCCCGCGUGCUUUGCUUCACUCUGUGCUAUAUAGCUCUUUGGCUCGUGAACCUAAUUGUAAACUUUCAGGUAUUUUUGUACAAAUAAGGGACUGAUGUUCUGUUUCUUGUUAUUAGAAAUAAACAUUAAUAAAGCGUU